GUUUUGUCCCAGACAAUUUGUCUCUGAUUGUCCUCCCUGAAGGGGGCUGGCUGGAGUCUGGAGAUGGCCUUCAAGAAUUCUGCCGCGCUCUGCAGCAGGUUUUCCCCUCCAAGCUCGCCGUCACGAAGGGCCUCAAGCACCACCGCUCAAGUUACUGCUGGUGUGGGUGGCGUCAAGUACAGGUCUCGGCUCCUGACCGUGCUGGACGCUGGGAUCGACGCAAAUAUGUCUCCGAACUAUGGCAGGGAUGUAUCCGAGAGCAAAGAGACUUUGAGAAAGACUGAGACCAGUAAGGAGAACGACAGAGCAACAAUAACCAAACCCGGAUCCGCUGGAGCAGCAGCGAGCUCGAGCGAGCCGUUGACGAAUCCCAUGCAGCCGCUCAUGCAGAGGUCCGCUCAACAAUCGUGGGUUCCCUACACGAGAAGCGUGGCCCGCAAGCUCGAUUCCCUUCCUUUGCCUACCGUUGCACCUUCCCAUGAAACUGUUGACCCAGAAGCUCCAUCUUCGACCAAGUCUGAGGCGCGAAGGAGGACGUCUUCGUCGAGCGUAACUUCCGAAGCAGCCGCAUCCAAGGCUCCUGAAGAGAAACUGCCAGCGUACUCAUACAAGGACUACAAGCCCGCCCCGACAAUCGUGUACACCAAUCAAGAAGAGGAGGCCAAUGAGCUCGUGACGAAACUCAAAGGACCAAUCGGCUUUGACAUGGAAUGGCGCGUGUUCUUCCGGCGAGGCGCGUCAACGACCACGCGCCGCACCGCACUCAUACAGCUCAGCAGUCAGAACACUAUCUUGCUCGUGCAUGAACUUAUCGAAGAUUGCUCCGUCCCCAAAGUUGGCGUGAAUAUUCGCAACGAUGGCUUAAAGCUUUACAAAGAUUACCAGGUCGCAGCACGGAAUCUUAUUGAGCUGGGUGCCUUUGCGAAGCAAGCCGACCCUUCGUUUUCCGCGCCACACAAACGGAACAUUGUGAGCCUUGUAACCAUGGUGGGCAUGUACGAGCGGCGGGAGGUACACAAGGGAGACGUGAGGACAGGGAAUUGGGAGCUGCUACCGCUCGCCGAAGAUCAAAAGAUUUAUGCGGCGAACGACGCGCAUUCGGCGUUGAUGGUCUACCUCACCUUGUGCAAGAUUAAAGAAGAGAAGGAGAGCGUGCUCGACCCCAAAGCGUUCACGAGCAGCAUCGCGGUCGAGUCCUACCCCGAACCGACCACCGCGGCCACGGGCGAGCUCGCUGAACCACUUGCGAAGGCGAAUUCCACAUCCUCUGCAACGUCGGAGAGCGCGAUCACCGAGUCAGCUGCCUCUACGCCAACCACCGUCUCAGCGAACGAGACGGCGACGUCACCGGCCACGAGCACCGCAAGGAACUCGACAGAUUCCGCUGCCGCACCUAUAUCCGCUUCGCUGCCUCCUGAUACCACUCGAUCACCGGUACCCGCUUCCCGACAGGCCAACAUCGACCGCCUCGCCGCCGAGAUCGAAGCGGACAGAACCCGGCGGGCGCCACAGUUGCAGCACCGACGCGCCUACACGCUCUGGCACCACGACAGGAUGGCACUUGCCGACAUAUGCGCCGAGCUCCGGAGCAGAGAGAACCCCCUCAAGGUAGGAACUGUCAUAUCGUACGUUGUGAGAGCGCUCCAGGAGGACGGGAGCUUGCCGUACUCGCCCGAGGACCUUAAGGCGCUCGCGCGAUCUGAGGCAGAUAGCUGGAGGAGGCAUGGGUGGUGGAUACUGGAGCAGGAGCGCCGCCAAUGGAGAGGCUCUGGGCAAAGAGGGUAGAGCUGAAUUUAAGUCAAAGGAGACAUGCUGGUGCGUUUAUGAGAGAAGGGGAUUUGCUAACCUUUUAUACGUCGAUAUAUGCGUCGAUCUAGAGCGUAUUUAGGUCAAUUUAUUGAUAAGCUUGCUGAUA